UUAGUCGAUUGGAUGCGUUGAUUGUGUGAAUCAUAUUUUAAGUUUACCUAUUUUGAAAAUGUCGAGAAUUACUUGUAUUGCCAUAUUCUGUGCAAUUCUGACUGUGCAAGCCAAGUUUCCCAACGAUCCCAAGGCCUGUAAAUAUGGCGAUGGGGAGUGCAUCGUUAAAUUUAUCAACGAUUUGGUUAGCAAGAAGUCAGCGACGGGUGAUCGUGAUAUAAAUCUUGUACAAAUCGAUCCAUUGCCUGUGGCCAAGUUGCAGUUAAAGCAAGGCGAGGAUAGUCCUGUCAAUAUUGACUUGACCUUUACGGAUAACAAGCUGGUUGGCCUAAGUACAAUGACGUACACUAAAGUCAAGGGUUUCGGCAAGAACCUUGCCCAAAAACACGAACUCCUUUGGAAUAUCAAAAAGAUAUCCGUGCUGGGUCCCUACACCAUCAGCGGUAAAGUCUUAAUACUGCCCAUUAGCGGCAAUGGCGUAAGCAAUAUGACCAUGGUCAACGCUGAGGCGAAGACGACAUUCAUUGGCAAGCCCAUUGAGAAGAAUGGAGAGACCUAUAUGGAUGUAACAAAUUUUAAGCUCUAUCUGAACCCGGAACGAAUCUAUUACCAUUUUACCAAUUUGUUCAAUGGUGAUAAGGCCUUGGGUGAUAAUAUGAAUGCGUUCCUCAAUGACAACUGGGAAGCAAUAUUUGGAGAGGUGAAACUGUCGUUGGAAUCGGCAUUCGGGGAAGUAUACCACGCCAUUAUCCGAAAUGUCUUCACAAAGUAUCCCUAUGACAAGUACUUCAUAGAUUAAAUACAAUAUUAACCCAAAAACGAAAGAUGUUAAGUUAAAUAAAAUACUUUUCUGGGUAAAUAUGCUUAUUAUAUAGAGUAAUCUAUCAUCUUGAAAACAAUGCAAUCAAACAAAAUUAAUUUGAUUACAAUUAUUAGAUGCAAAUUAAAUAAUGGCCAAGCAGUGUAAUAAAAUCCGUGAUAAUAUUGCCAUUAUUGUUUAUUAAUUAAAUUGCAUGUCGACGAUUUGAGGUAUUUAACUACAGUAAUCACUUUAAGUUAUUGGCCCAUUAAAUAACCCUUAGUAAGCAAAAAACACUUCUGUCAAUCAACAAAUGCUUAUUCUAGCUGGAAAUAAAUGUAAUAAAGCUA